UACAUCACCACCUCCCUCGUGAUUUUCCCUCCAUUUCCUCUUUUUUUGAACACUCUGUAACCACAACAACACACACUCACUCACUAACAAAAACCAUCCUCCUCCUAUUCUCAAUUCUCAACAACAUUACUUUCAUAAAUAAUAAUAAUAUAAUAACCAUUCAUUCAAUCAAACCCAAUUGUAGCAGUUUCAGAAUUCCCAAAAAUGUGUGUUCAACCUAUCAAGAAAACCUCAUCAGCUUCUCCUUCUCCUUCUCCCUCUUCUUCUUCUUCUCCAGAACCUAGCUCCUCACCCGAACCUAAUAACUCCACACCCGAACCUCCUUCUAAUUCACGCAAAAGAAUCACACCCGAACCCGGUACUCUUUCUUCUCCCAUACCUGCUCCUGAUCCCAAACCAAAUCCCGAACCUAACCCUAACCCUCACAAUGCAGAACCUCCUACUCCAACACCUCCCAAACCAACCUCCCGACGCAAACCUCCACCACCACCGCCGACUGCCGCCCAAAUCGCAGCGGCUUUCGGCGAAGAAGUGUUCGACGAUCUUCCGUCGUUAACUGAACCGGAACCGGAACCACUGAACAUGGUAUUUCCUUCGUAUGAUAUUUACCCAGAUAUGCUUUGCAAAGAUUGGACUUCUUCUUCGUGGAUCAAUAAAUUCGACGAAGAAACCUCCGUUCUUGGUCCUGCUCCUUCAAGCCCUGAAGAGGAUUACGAUGGACCGUUUCGUAUUCGUACAAAUCUUGAUUCGUUGUAUCGUCGUAGAAGAAAUUUUGAAAUUCGUAGUGAUACCUCCUCUUUGAAUUCUACACCCUUUGAUUAUUACGGUUUUCAAUCUGACGCGCUGCCUACGUCACCUUCAUCGAAAUUAGUGGGAGCUGGAAUUUCUAAUUUGGGAAACACGUGUUUUAUGAGUGCUAUACUUCAGUGUUUUACACACACUGUGCAACUGUUUCUUGGUCUUCGUUAUUCAACUCAUAAUUCUCCUUGUAAUGUGGUUGGUUUCUGCGCUAUUUGUGCUUUCCGUCAACACAUUAACGCUUCCUUAGAACCUUCUCGAAAUCCAGUUUUACCUACGAUGCUUGUUGAAAAUUUGAACCCAUAUAUGGUAACAGAAUUUUCAUCUAGUUUUAGAAAACAUCAGCAGGAGGAUGCACACGAGUUUAUGCAAUGCGCAUUGAAUAAACUUCAAAGAUGUUUUCCAAUUGGAGAAGAUAAUCUAGUUGAUCAAAUAUUUGGGGGUCGUCUUGUCAGUAAACUUCGAUGUUGCUGCUGUGGUCACACUUCUGAUACUUUCGAGCCAAUUAUUGACUUGAGUUUAGAAAUAGAAGAUGUGAGUACCAUUCAAUGUGCUCUGGAAUCUUUCACAAUGGUAGAAAAGAUGGAUUCAAAGUUUACAUGUAGUAGCUGCAACGAAGUAGUUACCAUGGAGAAACAGCUUAUGCUUGAUAAAGCACCUUCAGUUGCUGCAUUUCAUUUGAAAAGGUUUAAAAAAGAUGGAAACACUGUCAAAAAGGUUGACAGUCAUGUUUAUUUCACUAAGGACUUGGAUUUGCAGCCUUAUACCUCUGCUAAUGGCAGUGACAUUGUACCUUUGAAAUAUGAUCUAUAUGCAGUUGUUGAGCAUAGGGGAUCUUCCCCAAAUUCAGGGCAUUACUUUUGCUUUGUUCGUUCUUCUCCAGACAAAUGGCAUUUGAUGGAUGACUCUAUGGUUUCUAGUGUUUUUGAAGAGGAGGUCCUGACUCACGAGGCAUACAUACUGUUUUAUGCACGACAAGGUACACCUUGGUUUUCGAGUGUGGUGGAAAAUGAAGAGAAAGUUCCAAAUUCAAGUUCAGACAAUAAACAUGAUUCUGAUGAAGGACAAAAGGGUAAUAAACAUGAUUCUGAUGAGGGACAGAAGGGUAAUAAUAAACAUGAUUCUGAAGAGGGACAGAAGGGUAAUAAUAAACAUGAUUCCGAUGAGGGACAAAAGGGUAAUAAACAUGAUUCUGAUGAGGAACAAAAGGGUAAAUGUGAUUCGACGGAAGCAUAUGAUAAGUGUGUGACUGACAUGGAAGAAGAUGAAGAUGAAGUUGAUUCCAUGAUCUCAGACUUGACACAUUCAUCUAAAUCUAGCUAAUGAGAUGAGAGAAUGGUUGGUUUUAAGGUUCCCUUUCAUGUAAAAAUUGUUGAAUAUCUCUUUUUUUCAUGUUACAUGCAUAAAAAUUGUUUGAAGUUGUUGUGAAUAUGAUUCUGGUAUAGAUCAAUGGAAGUCAGUCUUAAAUACUCUCU